AUGUCAUUCAGAGGAGCACCACGCGGUCGCGGAACAGGCGCAAAUUUUGGAGGCGGUGGAGGUAGAGGAGGCGGUGGAUUUGGUGGUCGUGGAGGCCGCGGUGGAUUUGGGCAAAGAGACAAUGGGCCCCCAGACACGGUUCAAGAAAUUGGCGCCUUCCAACACGCAUGUGAGGGUGAGAUGGUUUGCGAGUCUACGAACACGAAAAUCCCAUAUUUCAAUGCGCCAAUCUAUUUGCAGAACAAGCUAACAGCCACAACGACUCAAAUCGGGAGAGUGGAAGAAAUUCUAGGACCAAUCAACCAUGUCUACUUUAGCGUCAAAGUGUCAGAAGGAAUACAAGCAUCAUCGUUCAAGUCCGGCGACAAAUUCUUCAUCGGCGGCGACAAGCUUCUCCCAUUAGAAAAAUUCCUCCCUAAACCCAAACCACCACCAGGAACAGCAAAGCCUAAGCGAGCAGGAGGAGCUAGAGGAGGCCGAGGUGGACCAAUGCGAGGCGGCCGUGGAGGAGCAAGGGGCGCUCCAAGAGGCCGUGGUGGUUUCAGCGCUGGUGGACGAGGUGGUCGUGGAGGCUCAGGAGGUUUUUCCAGAGGAAGUUCGGGAGGUUUCACACCCAGAGGUCGGGGUGGUGCCAGUCGGGGCUUUUCUCGUGGACGUGGUUAA